AAUGCCCCCCGCGAGUUUGUCCCUAUUCUCCCAUCGGUUCCUGCACGCCCCGGCGGUGGUGACGUCGCCGGUUGGACGAGAUUGAGGAGGAGACAGCUUGCGAGAGAGAACAAGCGAGGAAAGACCCAGUCGAAUAGCCAUACCGCGAGUAAAAACCGAGCAAGCAAACACGGAAUAACCAAUAGACAUCGUUGCCGUUUGUUGUGUGUAAUAUUCCCGUAGUUUUUCCAGAAAAGCUUUGUUUAGUGUGUGUGUUUCAGCAACCCUCGGUUACUAGUUGUCGUUGGAGUGACCAACAAGGGAGACUCCAUGAAAGAUGACGGAGGAGGUGACAGUUGUAGCCAAGUGGGACUACACGGCCCAGCAGGACCAGGAGCUGGACAUCAGGAAGAACGAGCGCCUCCUGCUAUUGGACGACUCCAAGACGUGGUGGAGGGUCCGCAACGCCGCCAACCAGACGGGCUACGUGCCGUCCAACUACGUGGAGCGCAAGAACAGCCUGAAGAAGGCCUCGCUGGUCAAGAACAUCAAAGACACGUUAGGCUUGGGUAAGACCAGGAGGAAGUUGAGCACGCGUGACACCUCCCCCACGCCCAGCUCCGACACGGAGAGCCCCUCCAAUGGGAGCAGUGGGGGAGGAGGAGCCGAGAGGGUGUACGACCUGGAGAUCCCCGCCGUGGUCAAGUUUGUCUACACGGCGGAGCGCGAGGACGAGCUGACCCUGGCCAAAGGGUCGCGUGUGGUCGUCAUGGAGAAGUGCAGCGACGGCUGGUGGCGGGGGAGCCAGGGGGGGAGGGUGGGCUGGUUCCCCUCCAACUACGUCCAGGAGGAGCCGGCGGGGGAGGAGCCUCCGAGGGGAGGGGAGGGGCCGGGGAGCGCCCCCGGAGGCGGGGCGGCACUGGCCAACGGGGGGGCGGCGGGGGGCGGAGUCCUCCACACGGUCCAGACUCUGUACCCCUUCAGCUCCGUGACGGAGGAGGAGCUGAACUUUGAGAAGGGGGAGGUGAUGGAGGUGGUGGAGAAGCCCGAGAACGACCCCGAGUGGUGGAGGUGCAGGACCAGCCGCGGCCUGGUCGGCCUGGUCCCCAAGAACUAUGUGGCGGUCCUGAGCGACGGAGCCUCCAAGCCCUUGCCCUCCUCGCCGGUCCACAGCUCCCCGCUGAAGAGGCCCGUUCUGGGCCCGGUCCGGGUGGGCAAGUUUGCGGGCCGGGACUGGUACUACGGAGGCAUCACCCGGAACCAGGCGGAGAGUGUCCUCAACGAGAGGGCAGACGUGGGAGACUUCCUCAUACGGGACAGCGAGUCGUCUCCCAGUGACUUCUCGGUGUCCCUGAAGGCCAUUGGGAAGAACAAGCACUUUAAGGUGCUGUUGGCUGACGGCUCCUACUGUAUCGGCCAGCGCAGGUUUUCCUCCAUGGAAGAACUGGUGGAGCACUACAAGAAGGCUCCCAUCUUCACCAGCGAGCACGGCGACAAGCUCUACCUGGUCAAACCACUGCUGUGACACCACGCACACACAAACGCCUUCACACACUUAACAGAACUGAGGUAAUGACAUGUAUAUACACCAUCAUGAUUACAUAUACAGACACACACACACACACACACUAACAGACCUAAGGUACUCACAAGUAUAAACACAUAUAUACAUACACACACACACACACACACCCGCACACGCGCCCCAGUGCCCACAGAUAUCAGUAACUCGUCUUAAUGUAAGCCUUAGCUCUGGGUCCUCUUGUUGUAAUAUCGUGGGGUCUCGUCCUACAGACGACUUGGACACCCACGCACACACACACACACCCACGCACACACACACAUACACACACACACAUGUCUGGAGAGCUGGGCAGGGAGAAUGUUGAACUCUGGGAGGGUGGUCUGUAUGGGGGCUGUUUGUCGUUUUGUCUUUUUGUUUCCUUUUGAAAGAUGUCUGAAUGCCUGUUUGGUACUGAACUCUCUCCAGAGGUUCAGAGUGCUGGUGAACCCUCUCCAGAGGUUCAGAGUGCUGGUGAACCCUCUCCAGAGGUUCAGAGUGCAGGUGAACUCUCUCCAGAGGUUCAGAGUGCAGGUCAGCGUACUGAACCCUCUCCAGAGGAUCAGAGUGCAGGUCAGCGUACUGAACCCUCUCCAGAGGUUCAGAGUGCAGGUCAGCGUACUGAACCCUCUCCAGAGGAUCAGAGGGCUGGUGAACCCUCUCCAGAGGUUCAGAGUGCAGGUCAGCGUACUGAACCCUCUCCAGAGGAUCAGAGUGCAGGUCAGCGUACUGAACCCUCUCCAGAGGUUCAGAGUGCAGGUCAGCGUACUGAACCCUCUCCAGAGGAUCAGAGUGCAGGUCAGCGUACUGAACCCUCUCCAGAGGAUCAGAGUGCAGGUCAGCGUACUGAACCCUCUCCAGAGGAUCAGAGUGCAGGUCAGCGUACUGAACCCUCUCCAGAGGUUCAGAGUGCAGGUGAACUCUCUCCAGAGGUUCAGAGGGCUGGUGAACCCUCUCCAGAGGAUCAGAGUGCAGGUCAGCGUACUGAACCCUCUCCAGAGGAUCAGAGUGCAGGUCAGCAAGGUGAAAACACUUCUGCCUUGUCGUCUCUCGCCAACCCCAGACCCCUCUCCUCAUUCUCUGCUCUUAGAAGUCCUUCUCUACCUUCGCCCACUCCCUCCCUCUCUACCUUCAAGUGUAUCCUUCUCCACUGGCUGUUGUAACUGAGAUUGCAUCAGCUGUUUUGAUCAUUGCUGUCUUCCUGUAGGGGGCGCCAUUAUAGCUUGAAUGUGACCAACGUUGUGGCAUGCAAUGAUGAAAGGCUGUAUGUCUGUGUACCUGGCUGUAAUCCUGACUACAGAGGGACAGAGGGUUGGUUGAGUAAAUAAGAUGUGGAGGAAGGAGGGAAGUAGGAAAAAAAAAAAAAAAAAAAAAAAAAAGAA